CCGAACCACGCCGCCAACCACCAACAACCACCAACGACGAUGAGCGCUCGCAAACAGCAGCAGCAGGCAAAGCAGUCGCAGGCACAGCAGCAGGGCGCUGUGGUUGCGAGUGGAGGCAACACAGGGAAUGCAGUGAGCGCAGCGGGAGGCGAGACAAGCUCGGCGCUUGUGCAAACUGGGCGUCCGGAGGUUGUGAACAUUGUGGCAACCGUCAAUUUGGCAACACACUUGGAUCUCAAGCACAUCACACUCAGCGUGAGAAACGCAGAAUAUUCCCCAAAGCGCUUCUCUGCUGUGGUCAUGAGGAUUCGAUCACCAAGAACCACAGCACUCGUGUUUGCCACGGGCAAGCUCAUUUGCACCGGCGCCAAGAGCACUGAGGAUGCAUAUGUCGGUGCGCGCAAGUUUGCCAAGAUCAUCAAGAAGAUUGGCUUUUCGCUGUUUCCUGGUCUCAUCUUCCGUAUGGCCGACCCGCGCGUCGUCGUCCUCAUCUUCGUCAGCGGGAAGCUGGUGAUUACGGGGGCGAAAUCGCACGAGGAUAUCGAACAAGCCUUUGACAACAUCUGCAUUCUCCUGCAGACCUUCCGCAAGUCAUAG